UCUUCUUCAGGUCCCUGGCAUGAGGGUGCAGGAGGGUGUGAGGAAGACCAUCACUGAGUUUGAGCUGAAAGCCACCGAUGCAGACACAGAGGGAGACAUUGCAGGCGAUAUCAUUGAGCCGUCCUUCCUUUCCCUGCAUUUUCCCUCCUAUUACACCACCUUCCUCCAGGCGGAGUCCAUCGUCUUCAGCGUCAUCCAGGCUCCUCGACACAGCACCAUCAAGCGCACCAUCAGCGGCCAACACUACCGACAGAUAAGCAGCUUCACCAUGGACGACAUCGACCAGAACCGCAUCAGCUACAACCACGACGGCUCCAACUCGCUCAAAUACCGCUUCACCUUCACCGUGACUGACAGCACCAACCUGCUCUUCAUAGUGGAGGACAACGGAAAAGAGGAUAAUAAAACAGCACAUGAGGCAGCAGCUUGGAGGCAGAGAGCAGCUGAAAUACAAAGUGUGAUUCAUUAAAAAGGUUGGAUGGGAUCUUUGUCAUGAUGGUCUUCCACACCAGUAACUACGGCUUCUCCUCC